CUGAUAUUAUUUUGCACACUUCAUGGACGCUCGUAAACACCUUCGUGGCCUUGGCUGGAAAGGUGAAGGCCAUGCAAUUGGCAAAAACAGCAAUGGGCUAACGAAACCGCUGCUUAUUACCCACAAAUACAAUAACCAUGGCUUAGGCGCGAAAUCACAAAAAGAGAAACAGGCAGAUCAGUGGUGGCUCAAUGCGUUUGACAAUGCGCUCAAAGACAUUGGAACGGGGAGGGAGAGCUCACUCUACAAGAUCAAGGAGAACAGUGGCAGCAAUGGACUCUACAGAUUCUUUGUGAGAGGGCCGGGCUUGGAAGGAACGUUUGACAAUAGCGGUGGCGAUAGCACCGGUACAAGCACGCCAACGGAAGGACAAACACUUGAGAACUCAACCGUUACCAUGUCGGUCGCGGAUCUCCAGAAUUCACAUAAGAUGAGUGGAUCCGACAAGAAGACCUUGAAGAAGGAGAGGAAGGAGAAAAAAGAAAAGAAAGGCAAGAAGCGAAAGCGAGAUACGGAAGAUCCAGUAGACAGCCAUCAGGAAGAACCGGAAUCGGGAAGACCAAAUGCUGUUCUCGCAGAUGACGAUGACGAGCCCGCAAAGGAUGGCACGGCGAAGAAGAGGAAAAAGAAGCAUAGGAAGCAGGACAGGCAGGAAAACGAAGGAGACGAACGUCCUUUAGAAGCAGUGAGGAAUCAAGAUAGGUCGACGGAAGGCGCUCCGGAAAGCGAAUCCAUAGACUCGAAAAGAGCAGAGAAACGUCGAGCAAAAGAGGAGAAAAGGGCUCGGAAGGAGGAAAGACGACGAAGGAAAGAGCAGGCGUCUUCGCAAGCUGGCUAAAAGAGACAGUGGAAAAAGCAAACAAACAGUAAUCAAGUCACCCAAGUGAAAAGGCAUGACAGUGGAUGAGAUCAACAACCAUGUUUGAUCAUUGCUUCCACAAUAUUUGACCGGUAGGCUGGGGCUAAUCGGCAGUGCUCAGUGUAAAAGCGUACAUGACUUCAUCUCAGCGCCCAGCCGGAGCGUCGCAUGGCAUGCCUCGUUCCAAAAAAGAUAGCAUAGCGAUAUUAUGAAGUACGAAGGGGCAAGCGGUAUCACUCCUUAAAAUCCUAGAGAGCUUACAGGAGCAGAGUCAGAUUGUCACUCCUGCGACUCACCCGCAACAAUGUAUCUCACAGCAAAUAUGACCU